GAAUGUAUGUAAACAUAUGUUACGAAUAAAAAGAAAAAAAAUGUGAAAUUAGAAAAAAAGGAAAAAGUAAAAGUACAAGAGAGCAACAACAAAGACGGUUAGACAAACACAAAGUAAAGUUAAGUAGAUGUCGCGAAAUGUUGAAAUAAAUAAAUAAAUAAAAAAAAAAAUUUUAAGAAAAAAAAGUUCCUAAAAGCUAUUAAUGAUAAUGAUGAUGAUGAUAAUGACGAAAAAAAGAGCAGAGCAGCAAUAACGAUACAUUAAUAAUAUAACCUAUGCUCGCAUAUAUAAAAACUCGAUUAACUGUUGCUUUUUUCCCUCUUAUGAUGUUAGCGAACAGCAGCAAUCAAACGUCGAUAGUGUUAAUAAUGCAUAAGUAAAUAUGUGCGUUUAACGUCAACACAUAUUACUUUUUACACAUGUGUAUGUUUACAUCUACACAUCGUAAACCUUAUCUCAAAGUAAAAUUAAUUCCCAAAAACAAAAGCUCAUUUUGUUGUGAGCGCAAUCGUUUUAACUUAAGCCCAACGAUUAGUUUAAUGUGCGUCUUUAUAAGAAAUCAUUAGACAAAAACAACAACAAAAAAAAAAAAAAGAAAAGAAAAACUACUUCAAGUGUUUUAACUUUAACUCGUAUAAUAGUUAAUGACUCCUUUCUUCUUUUUUUUUUUUUCUUCUAUAAACAUAUGUAUAUAUGUAUAUAUGCACAUACAGCAUAUGCGUAUGUUUACAUUGGUAGUGUCGUUUAACCCAACAUUUUCACUUAUAAUAUACACAGUAAAAUUUUGUUAAAAUUUUAAUAUUCAAUAUAAGUUGUGUGCGUGUAUCGCUCUCCUUUUCACCUUCUCUCUCUGUAUUUGUUUAUUUUUGAAGUCUCUCUUAAUUUUAAUGAAUGGUCUUCAACUGUGAUAUAAUGUGCGUAUCGAUUUACUUAAAACAAUAGCAACAACAAAAACCGAAAAUAAAUAUAAACAACAAAAACCUAAAAGAAGGCUACAGAAACGAUGGACUUGACUGUUUCUCCCGAAUUGGAAGAUUUAAUCAAAUGCAGUAGCUGUAACUUGCCAUUUAACGAUAAUGAUGCCGUGCCAAAAAUAUUCGAUUGUCGUCAUUAUUUUUGCCUCAAAUGUGUCAAUUCAGUAUUAUGUGAAAAUCGUAACGAAAAAGUUGGUAACGGAGCUAGUGGUAACAGCGGUUGCAUAAGCAACGCUACCGAUGUAGCAUUCUGUAUACACUGUUGGAAGCGUACAGAAUUUCGUGGUGGUACAAAAUCACUCGGCGAACAAUUGCCUACACAUAAAGCGAUUUUGUAUUUAAUUAAACAUUUCCAUGGUUUAACAUUGAAUCCUUAUCUAAACGGUAAAUGCUUAAGCAAUGGUUUUGUGGGAGAAAAUAAUUCAAGUUUAAGUAAUGUAAAGAACGCGAAUGAAAUUGUAAAUGGUAAUUGCGAUAAGACACGUUCAGAUUCAUUGGCUUCAACUAAUUCUAUUGGCGUAAAUCUUAACACUGACAGUAGUACAACAACUAAUUUAGUUAGCAAUGGCAACAAUAAUCAAAUGAACGGCUUUGAACGUAAGACUCCAGCAGAGAAUUGUUUAAUUCAUGCGAUGCCUAAUACGUUGUGGUGCAAUUCAUGCAAUGAAGUGUUAUGUCGUGGCUGCGCAGCCGGCGAAGAGCAUCGCAGUCAUGUUGUCAAAAAUCAAAUCGAGGCUAAAGAAUUUAUUCAGGGUGAAAUUGCUCAAGAGCUAAAGUAUAUACAAAAAUCUAUGGAUGAUGUUCAACAUUUAAUGACAAAGCAACGCAAUUUUUUAGUCAAGAUAUUGGAAUGUUGUUCGGCAUUGAAAACUCAUAUCGAAACGGAAUUAGUUAAUCAACGAUUAGCUUUAGAGAUGGUCGAGCUAAGGGAUAUAUUGGGUAAAUUUCAAUUGUGCUUAGAAAUGUUAGAUCAGCAAACGCCAAAAGAAGCUUUAGAUUUGUAUGCUUCGGUGCAAGGUGAAAAAUUACGUUUGACUUUGAAGCAAAGAGAAGUGUUCCUACAAUGUAAAUUAAAUGAAGUAAUGCGUUCGUGUAGCUAUCUCUUCGAUUAUGAUGUCCUUAAGCAAAUACUAAUGCAAUUGCAUAACUGCGGUGGCGGUCAUAUGAUGGGUGAAGUUUUCGGUAAAAGUAACCAACAACAGGAACCGAACGGUUUAUUAUUGUUAACCAACUAUUGUGUGGCUCAACUCUAUACGCGACAAAUAAUGAUUAGAAAACAACAAAUGCAAAUACAACAGCAACACCGCCAACAACAGUUGCAAUUCCCUUCCAAGACUUUGGCAGCAAUUCAACAAAAUUCCUCAUCGAAUUUGCCUAAUACGCUGUUACAAACGAUGAUCUCAAAUGUAAAUAUGCCACCGGGUCUAAAUGGCCACAUCAAUAGUAAUACUAACAAUAAUAAUAAUAAUAAUAAUAAUAAUAAUAAUAAUAAUAGCAACGGCAACAACAGUAAUAACAAGAAUUUAUUAAAUCGACACUUAAAUCAAACCACCAGCUACGCUCAGGCUUUAUUACAAAAUCACAGUACAAAUCAUCAUCAUCUUCAUCAUCAGCAAUCACAACAACAACAACAACAACAGCAGCAACAACAACAACUGCAACCAUCACAACAUGCCUCUGCGCAACAUACACAAAUAUUUGGUCAACAAAAGUCAUACGCUGAUGUUACUUUAAACAAACAACAGGCCAAUAAAGGUUAUCCCGAUUUAAUAACACCGGCCACAAACUCUACAGUAUCCACUACUUUGAAUUUAUUAAGUCAUUCUUCGACAACAACAACAACAACUACCAACAACAAUAAUUAUUUUUAUGCUACAACAGCUGCCAAUAACGAUUUAAACGGCUUAGCUUUGUCAUUAAAUCAAUUGCAACAGCAACAACAACAGCAGCAGCAGCAGCAGCAACAGCAGCAACAACAACAACAACAUCAAGCGACUUCAUUGCUUAGCAAUCCGAAUCUACAUAUUUAUCCCGUUUAUUAUUUUAAUAUCGAAAUAAAUAGUCAGGCAGCCGGUCGCAUACUUAUCGAAGUACGCAGCGACGUGGCCCCGAAAAUGGCUAAAAAUUUUAAUGCUCUCGUUAACCAUGAGCUGGGCUAUGGCUAUAAAGGCUGCCAUAUAUUUCAAUGCUGGGAAAAUGAAAGUAUUAUUACUGGCGAUUUUGAGCACAACAAUGGUCGGGGAGGUCGUUCCGUAUACGAUGAAGGUUACUUUAUGCCUGACGAUACAAAAAUUUUGGCAGUACGCGGCGCUGUUGGAAUGCGUAGAAGUCAGCGACGUCAUGAUAAUUUAGGUUUAGUCGGUUCACAAUUUCGAAUUAUUUUACGGGAAAUGCGUUGUUUUACGGGCAUAUUUGCUUUCGUCGUUGACGGCCUCGAUUUGGUGGAUAAAAUUUCUCAAACCGGUGACACGUCGGGAAAACCGAAAAGUAACGUUAUUGUAGUUAGUUGCGGUAAAUAUCAAUUGAAUUAAGAAUGAAAAAAAAAAAAAAAAAAAAAAAAAAAAAAAAAAAAACUAUAUAUAAUAUUACGUAUUAUCAACUAUCAGAAUCGAAAUUAUUUCUCUCUCUUCCUCCUAUUCUUGACUUUCGAGAUCUAUUAAUAUGUUAAUCCAGUAGUGAUUACUUCAACAGCGCUGAAGUAAUCUAAAGAAGGUUUUCGGUGUAUAUUUUAUUGCAGAUCGAUUCUCUCUCGAUCCUAUCAAAGAGCGAACUGCUUGUGAGCUAAGCGACCUGAAUGCCUUGUAAUAUUUCCCUGCAAAGCCUUUGGGAAAAUCAUACAUUCCCUAGAGUCCAAUUUAUAUAUAGACCAAGUCGGUUGAGUUGGAAAGGUUCAGUUGCCUUUCCUAUCAAUUCCAUAUGGCAUACGAAAAAUGUUGCCUUUAACACAAACCUUUGAUCCAUAUCUAAAUCCUUUCUUUUCUAAUUUUUAAUGCAGCCGCUUAAGCUGCUACAUAGCGCGUCUUACUUUAUUCCCGCAAUUUCACUUAGAUAAACGAAUUAUGAUAAAAAUAAUAAAAAUACAUUUCACUAUUUUGCAAUGAACCCUUUUCAAGAAUAGUUCCCAUUUUAAAAGAGAUGAAUUAGAUGCGGGCAGUGUGUGUCCUUUGAAAAACUUAAUUUGAAAAAAUUUGUUGAUACAGUCGGGCCAGGCUGGCCGUUAAACACUCUACACCACAACCCUUUACUAUAGCAACCAAUUCAAAAUCACUCUUCGAAUUUUCGCUGUCUGUCUUGCUUUUUUGUGCUCACAGUUCGUAAUAUUUGACAUGUUUUGAUGAAAGUUCGUACAUCGAUAUGCUUUGCCACAAGGACGAAUACUAUUGAAAAUAAUUCGGGUCAGACCACUUUUUCAAAUACUUCACCUAAAACACCUUAUUUUGAAAACCAUAUUCAGCGUAACGGCUUAGGAUAUUUCACCAUGGGCCAAAUAUAUAUUUUGCUAUGUUUAUCAUCACUUAUUAAAAAUAUAAACCUUUUUCUCAUACAAAAGCUUGCUUCUCACCACAACCCUCGUAUGAGGUGGGCUACGAAAAUGGACCUAUUGACCUAAAUUUGACUUAGUUGAUUUUUACGUCAAAGUACUGUCUUGUUCCCAACUAUCACAGUGAAAUACGAACCAUUAUAUCAUUUGUCAUCUAACGAUAUAUAUACGAUUCGUUGGAACAGUUAUGUAGGAAGUGGAUUUGAAACAUUGGCCCAUCCAAAAUUUUCACUUCAAGUUAUUAACCAGCGAUUUUCGUCGAGAUAUAUUCAACAUUUUUUUUUGAUAACAUUCUACCAAAGGGGUUCGAUAAGAAAAGUGGUCGCAAGAAUAGUCCGAUCCAAUCCAUUUUCAAUAGCAUUCGUCCCUGUGGCAACACAUGUCGGUGUGCGAAAUUUCGUCAAUAUAUCGCAACCAUUGCGACAUGUACGUUGAACACAAGACGGACGGAUGGAUAGACAAACCAUUUGUUAUUGCUAUAUUUUCGUUUCAAAGCAAAACGUUAGGAAAUCCUAUAUAUAAUUUAUGCUAGACUAUCCCUCCUCUGCAUCACCUGACAUUCCAGAAUUAAUUGGCUUAACUCUCUUGUAAUGGUUUGCCUAUGGUAUGGAAGAAGUGUCAUUAGUACAGGGAGAAAAAAAAACCAAACUCUCGUUUACCUUUGCUACGAAAAUGUCGGCGUUUGACUGCGCUAUCUCUAAUACAAAAAAUAAAUUGGUUGGAUUACUUUAGCUUUGAGUUGAGAGCAAAAUCUUCUUCUUUUUUUAUAUUUUUAAUAGCAGGCAUCUAAAGUCAAAGUGCGAGAGAUAUUAAACCACCCAAUGUUUCUAGAAGUCUAGGGCCGAUCUUUAGGUAAACGUACUGAAAGCAAGGUUAUAGUAGGAAAGUCCAACUUUAUAGUCAGUAUUUUUAACAAUGAGCUUAGGCGAAUAUAAACGACCAUCUAAUAAUUUUAUUUUUAAUCUAUCAAGACUUAACUAAACACCUCAAUGAACUUCGAACGAUUUUCGAAUAGAAAUAAUCUUUUUUUUUUAUUCUUUCAGACAAGCAUUUUUGUUCCACCCUCUCUAUAUAUAAUAUAUAACAAUUUUAUAUAUUUCUUGAUAUAUUGAAUUUAAAAUUAAAUUGUUAUUCUUUACUGUUAGUUAGUUAAUUAGAAAUUAUCAUCUUCUCCUGCCUAUUCGGGCAGAGUUGCAUUUUCAUUAAACGUUUACUGAAAAAUACUGCUAAAGCUAAUGUUUUUUGAUAAGAUUAGGUUAUUAAGGGAAACGUUUUCACCGCAUUACUGGUAAACCCAGCGAUAAAGUGAUUUUAAAGGCCAUUGAAAAAAAUGAAUAAAUAAAUAAACAAACGAUAAAAAGAAACUUUUUUUGUAAAAAAAAAAAAAAAAAUCUACGCACUCUACUUAGUUAGAAAACGUUUAACUUUAAAAAAAUAUACUUUCUACUCGGCACAGAACUUUAAAACAAAAAGAACAGAAAUAAAAAAACCAGAUGUAAUGAUGUAUAAAAAAACCCAUUUCUUUUCAAAGGGGAUCAAACCAAGGCCAAAAGAAAUUAUUUAUAACAUGAAAUGAAAUUUUAAUUUUUUUUAUUAUCAAGGCUUCAAGAAAAGGUCCACCAAAUUUAAUAUAGAAUGAAAUGAAAAAAAAAAAAAUCUCUUCCUCUCUAAAACAAAAAAAAAA